UUUGCUGACAAAUCAGAAAACGCCACUCACACAGCGACCGUACACCGUCGAUGCUGGUGGUGAAAAAUGCAAAUCCCUAACCCAAAAUCCUGGUCGACCAUUCAGUAAUUACUUCGCGGUGAAAAUGGCUUCCAUCUCCGCUAGCCCUCGCUCUGUCGAAGAGAUCUUCAAGGACUACACCGCUCGCCGCUCCGCCCUCAUUCGCGCCCUCACCUACGAUGUGGACGAAUUCUAUUCGCUUUGCGAUCCAGAGAAGGAGAAUUUGUGUUUGUACGGACAUCCCAAUGAGUCGUGGGAGGUGACUCUGCCGGCAGAGGAAGUUCCACCGGAGCUUCCCGAGCCAGCUUUGGGGAUCAAUUUCGCAAGAGAUGGGAUGAAGCGCACAGACUGGCUUUCGUUGGUUGCCGUGCACAGUGAUUGUUGGUUGCUCUCUGUGGCUUUCUACUUUGGUGCUCGGCUUAAUCGCAAUGAGAGGAAGCGUCUAUUUAGCAUGAUAAAUGAUCUGCCCACUGUCUUUGAAGUCGUAACUGGAAGGAAGCCUACAAAAGACAAGCCCGGUAUGGAUAGUGGAAGCAAAGCCAAGAAUAGCACAAAGAGAUCAAUUGAUGGGCAGAUGAGAAGCAAUGCUAAGUUACUUGACGAAAGUUUUGGAGAGGAUGAAGAUGAGCACAGUGAAACCCUUUGUGGGAGCUGUGGGGGAAAUUACAAUGCUGAUGAGUUUUGGAUUGGUUGUGACAUAUGCGAGAGGUGGUUUCAUGGGAAGUGUGUGAAGAUAACUCCUGCCAGGGCAGAAAGUAUCAAGCAGUACAAAUGCCCUUCUUGCAGCACCAAGAGGGGCAAGCAGUAGUAUCCAAUGUAAAGCUUUUGGAGAGGUUAGCCUCAUUGUUUUGGUCACUGAUUUUGUUGUAAUGAAGUGAUGGUAUAUGCAGUAGGCUUUGAGCAUCAAAUAUUUAUCAUUAAGAGGUACUCUUUAGCAUUGGUUGAAGCUCG